UUCGAUGUCAAAGCGGUUGCGGACGUUGAGGUCGUCGACGAUGACGUCCGUGAGCUCCUGGAGUUGGCCAAGGAGAUAGAGGAGCAGGUCAAGGAGGCCCGGCUAGGAGGUGAAGAGGAAGGAGAGGCCGACGAGCUCGACGACGAGCUCGACGACGACGACGAAAGCUGGGUCGACGAGGUCAAGUCGUUGACCGGCGACGAGAGGAAGGAGUUCGAGAAGGAGGUCCGCCCAGUGAAGAUGGUGCUGGUCAAGAUCCGGCGCCUUGCGUUCAAAAUAGUACAUUUGACUACCAAAAUACUCCCCGCAUGGCACGACAUCCUGGAGCAGAAGGGUCUCCCCUCGCGCUUGAUCCCGCGCGAUGUCAAGACACGCUGGAACUCGACAUUCGACAUGCUCAACGUGGCCAUUGAAUACCAGGGCGCCCUCGACGACCUCUGCGCUGCCAGAGAGCAUGGGCUG